AUGACAUUAUCCAGCCUAGCCAAAUUGGUUCCCAGCGUUGAUUGGGAUCUAUAUGUUCAUCAUCUAUUGCCCUCUAACAGUGCCAAGCAUCCCAGCCAAAUAGUUGUUACCUCUCCUGACUAUAUUGCAAAGGUGUCCAAAUUGGUUGGAACCGAAACAUCAACGCGUACUUUGCAAGCUUAUUUGGCAUGGAGAGUCAUGUUUGCCUUCGGAGAUGCUCUUGGAGAAGAUAUUCGCGGACCUAUUCGUCGAUUAAAUUCAAAAAUCACUGGUACAAACCCUAAAUCGGUCAAGCCACGUUGGGACACAUGCUUGGAUGAGGUUAAUGAAGACAUAGGAUUUUUGGCCGGUCGCUAUUAUGUUUUGAACAAAUUUGGUGGGAACGCUAAAGAAAAAGCCGAUGAAUUUGUCAACAGUAUCAAGGAGGUCUUUUUAGCACGCUUACCUAAAUUAGAGUGGAUCGAUGACGAAACACGUGAAAAGGCUGUUCAGAAGGUCGAUGAACUGGUAAGAAAAGUAGGGUAUUCCGACGUAACGCCAGAUAUUAUGUCACCGGUGUCUCUUUCAGAUUAUUAUGCAGACUUGGAAAUUCAAAAUGACACAUAUUUUGAAAAUUAUAUCAAGGCCCGUACAUUUGCAGUGGAAGAGGAAUGGCGACAGGUCGGUAAAAAACCCGACAGAAGCAAGUGGUUGAUGAAUCCUCAAGAAGUGAAUGCUUACUACAACCCCUCUUUCAACGAGAUUGUUUUCCCAGCCGGUAUCUUACAAAACCCAUUCUUUGGAAGUAAUUAUCCGGAUUAUUUAAAUUAUGGUGGUAUUGGUGUUGUGGUCGGCCAUGAACUUACACAUGGAUUUGAUAAUAUGGGUCGUCAUUUUGAUGCCAAAGGUCGAUUAGUUCAGUGGUGGACAAAUGAAACAGCUGCGCAAUUUGAUGAAAAAGCUGAAUGUUUUGUCAAGCAGUACAGCAACUUUACGAUGGUUGACGUAAACGGAGAAGCUAUCCAUGUAAAUGGCAGACUCACCUUGGGUGAAAAUUUAGCAGACAAUGGAGGUUUGGGCGAAGCCUUUGUGGCUUGGAAAGAAAGAUACGAUAGUGAUAAGGAAAGUAAGCGAUAUAAUAAUGUUCGCUUACCUGGUCUCGAUCAGCUGUCUCCUGAGAAGCUAUUCUUUGUCAACUUUGGUCGUGUAUGGUGCAACAAAGUAACACCUGCCCAGGCCAAGAAAGGGGUACUCACCGAUGAGCAUUCACCAGGCAAGUGGCGUGUUAAUGGAGCAGUGCAAAACUCAAAUCAUUUUGCCAAGGUUUUCAACUGUCCUGUUGGAAGCCCCAUGAACCCUACACAUAAAUGUGAACUUUGGUAA